AUGGACAAUAAGACGUCAGGAACACGAAAAUUAUUUUUAAAACCAGCGAGUUUCCUAUCCAGUAAUAGUGACCAAAAUGGCAGUUCCAGAGAAAAUGGAAGUGCAUCUAGCCCUAUUAUUACCAACCCUUUCUUAAAAUGCGAUAAAGAUGAGUCCGAAUCAGAAAAACUUGAAGUUAAAAAUGAUGAUCUUGAUAAGGAUCCAGGCGAGGAAUCAACAACAAAUAAUUUGUUCAAACCAGCAAAAACUAAUCUGUUUACAAAUGCUAUAAGUGGCUCGUUAUCUGAAAAUUCCAACUUUGUUUUUGGUCAAAAUCUCCAUGAAAGAGUUGUGAUGGAAAAUGUGAAUUCAACAUCAAGUGAUCAUGAUGAAAACACCAACAAUUUUAAAGACGGACAAUUGUUUUCAACAUCAAAACCACAAGAAAAUGUUCUCAAAGAGAAUGCCAUAGAAGAAUCCCCGUCAAGUCUUACACAACCAACUUCAAAUAUUGAAGUCAAAGAUGAUGAAGAGAGCACCAAUCCGAUCUCAAGUGAUAACAAUCUAAGCCUUGUUGAAGCAGCUAGAAAGUAUGAAGAAAUGCGUGGAGCUCAAAAACGAAAAUAUGAGGAAGUUGAAAUCACGACAGGCGAAGAGGAUGAAAGAAACAUUCUUGAGCUCAAUUGCAAACUUUUCACCUUCAUUGCCAACAAUUACGAAGAGCGUGGUCGUGGAAUUCUUCGCUUAAAUGACUCUAAAGCUGGUUCAUAUUCCAGAGUUGUAUUCAGAGCAUCAGGGAGUCUUCGUGUAUUGUUGAACACAAAAGUAUGGUGCGACCAGAUCUGUGAACAGCCAAGCCAAAAGAGUCUGCGAUUAACUGCGUUUGAUACGAAUGGCGUCAUUAAAAUUUAUCUCGUUAUGGGACGUGUUGAUGACAUGAGUCAUUUGCAACAAGCAUUAAGUUCAAGAAUUCGUGAAGAGAAAAACCGAACACCACUACCAGAAGAAGCAGAAGCAGAGGAAGACAAGACAAACGAAUCCAGCCAAGAUGUUGAGCCUGCCGUUAAAAGAAUAGCAAGCGAGUGA